UAUUCGUAAAACUCAGUACAGUUGUUAUGAGAAAUAUUUCCAAGUCUUUCGAGGUUUCAGCAAGAAAAGUUACCCAGAGAAAGCACGUUCUUUUACGAUUUUAUUAGCUAAAGACAAUUACAAAUUUUCUUCUGCACCAGAAAAUUGCGGAGUACAAUGCUGAAGGUCAUUCUCAUCUCUUGGCCAUGAACCACCUCGGUGACCUGACUCAAGAUGAAUACCGUUUCUUUUAUCUGGGCAUGCGAAGCCACUUUUCCACUGAGACCAAGCAAAAUGGCUCUACAUAUCUGGAACCUAGCCACGUGACGCUUCCAUCUGAAGUUGAUUGGCGAAAGGAGGGUUACGUCACAGGUGUUAAAAAUCAAGGUGUGUUUUUUUAAACUUCAAAACAAAGUACUAUCUACCAACCUUUUAUUAUUUACAGUUGACUACUCUAUUAUGACACGAGCCUGCGUGGCAGGCGCCGGCUAGUUUUUUGGUUAGUUUUUAAAGAGCGCGCGAGGGGAACACGCGAAGGGGAGAGGAGGAAUCCCGCCCAAGGCCUCCAUUUCUCCCUUCGCGCACGGGCGUGUGUCCUCGAAUUUUCCUAAACCAGCGCCUGCUACGCAGGGUAUUAUAAUACUGAUUCAUGGUUUAAUACUGUUUCUCCGGACCUUUCCUUCAAAUAUGAUAAUUAUGGUUGACUUGUAUUCCUCUGUUUCCCAGGUCAGUGCGGUUCUUGCUGGGCUUUCAGUACAACAGGAUCACUGGAAGGACAGCACUUCAAGAAAACUGGAAAGCUCGUCUCUCUCAGUGAACAGAACCUUGUUGACUGCUCUGGAAGCUAUGGCAACCAUGGCUGCCAGGGGGGGCUUAUGGAUAACGCAUUCAAGUACAUCAAAGCAAAUAAAGGAAUCGAUACUGAGGCAAGCUACCCGUAUCAGGGUAAGAACGAACCGUGCCGAUAUAAAGAUAGCGACAUUGGAGCUACAGACACUGGUAAGUGAUUCUUUAGCGCAAGGUUGUUGUUUUUUUUUUUUGUAGACAAACACGUUAGUUUUGACAUUGUUUUGAACAUGAUUGUAACAAAAAAUAACUUUCUUGCCUCUACGAUCUGGGAAGGGGAUUAAUUCGUAAGAGAAGUUAGCCUGCGUAGCAAAACUUUUCACGCGGGGUUGCCUAGAAAGUUGGAAGUUUAGCAAAAAAGAGGGAGGGAGGGAGGGGGAGGGAAGACAAGGUUUUCUCUUGUCCCCUCCGCCGUCGAUCAGAAACACUCACUUUGCAGGCUAAAAGCAAGUUUAAGAAGUGAUUUCAACUGAAACGAAGUGCAAAUUCCUUAAGUAAAAUUUUAAAGAAUAAGUACUAGUGGUAAAGCAACUCACAAGAAAAGCAGUGAUAAAAUUUUAAACAAUGGUUGUUUUCGUUGAAUCCCUCAGGGUACGUAGACAUUCCCCAGGGAAACGAAACAGCUCUUCAGUCCGCUAGUGCCACAGUAGGCCCAAUCUCCGUCGCCAUAGACGCUGGUCACUUAUCAUUUCAGUUCUAUCACAGAGGAGUCUACAAUAACCCGUAAGUAGCAGAUUUUAAUAGUUAAAAGUUGUAUGUUUUGUUUUUGCUGUGAUUUGCUUGUAUGUUCUACAUUGUUAAACACCUUCUUUAUUCAAGGAUGAAACCAGCGGUAACUGGAGUCGUCGUGUUUUUUUUUUCCGCCCCUAGUCUUUCUGUCUAUAAAGUGAUGUUGCCCAAAAGGAUAUUACUAAUCUACACUCACCCCAACCCCCAAAAAGCCACGAAUCCAUUCUUGUACGCCUUCUCGGACGUACUCGACUUCACUCCUAGUAAAUUCACUCCGCUUUCAACUGGUAACCUAAAUACGGAAAAGCCCUUAGAACUCACCACAUUGACGAGGACAUUUUAAGGCGCAGGUUCUAGAAAUUCACAUGACACGUGCAAAGUGUACGUCAUUUCAUAAAAGCGAAAACACAGAGCGAUACGAGCAAGGAGAAAGAACACUCGCACGCUAUAUGUGCUAUGCGCUCGUUUGUUUUAAAAUCGUAGUACAGUGGAACCUUGAUAUAACGAAGGGCCACGGGACUGGCAAACUUCUUUCGCUAUAACAAUUGCUCUCUAUAUUGUAUACUGGUUCUACUGUGUAUACUCGAGCAAAUAAUUUCACUUUCCAAGUGAAUUAUCUCAUUUUAUCUUUCAUCUACUUUCAGGACCUGCAGCAGCACUAGACUUGACCAUGGUGUUCUUGUCGUUGGAUAUGGAACCUAUGAAGGGAAGGAUUACUGGCUGGUCAAAAAUUCCUGGGGGACCCAGUGGGGAAUGGAAGGCUACAUCAUGAUGUCGAGGAACAAGAAUAAUCAAUGUGGAAUUGCCACAGACGCCAGCUAUCCUCUUGUUUAAAACUAACGCUGCUCAGUGGAGUAUUUUACGAGAAUCUGAAUAUCUAUCAUUUACAAUUUCACGGAUAGUGAAGACACGGGGCUAAAUUCUCUAAAUACACCGAGACAAAUACGUCCAUCAACUUUGUUGAUAUGUAAUAUACUGAGUGUAUUAUUAAAGAACAUUAUGACUAAAUUAAGUUGUUUUGUCUGGAUCUCCAAACCGAACUAGGGAAGAUUACGAAGUCUUCCGGUUGUGAUUCAAUUCCUAUUAUUACAAUUCACCGUUUUGGUGAUAACCCAGGAAUUUGUGGACCUUUGGUGUGUGAGUUCGGAUUAUUUACACCCCCGGGUUUACACUUAGUUUGUGUUUUUACAUGUAUUUGAUUCAGUUAGUUAAAAGUUUGACAUAAAGGUCAUGAAAAUGAGAACCCUAGAUUUACUUAUUACGCUUUAGUUUCAAACCCAUUAUAAAGUCCGCACCACUCUUUUGCCCAAGCUCAGAGUCACUGCAAAAUUUCUAAACCCCAAUUUCGGAGUCCACGAGAGGCAAAUUGAUUUGAACCCCCUCCACCUCGGGGGCUUCUUUUUAAACUGACACCAGCUGCAAAUGACCGCAAACGAAUAAUUGCCGCAGAACGUAGGAGCUAGGGAAGACCGGAUCAGCAAAAAUAUACAAAGUAGACCGACAUUGAUUUCUGAUCUGCCACAAAGCUGAUGGUACUGUGUGAAAAUUAACUUUGCAAAACAUCAACACGACACAGAAAGAAGCCAAAACGGUUACAACCCCGCCCUGUUUUGGCUUCUUUCUGUGUCCUGUUGGUGUCUUGCAAAGUUAAUUUUCAUGUAGUACGAUCAGCUCUGCGGAAUUCAAGGUUUCUAUUUGGGCUAUUAAUUAAAGUGUUUGGGCUUCAGUUAGUUACGAGCGAAAGAACCUGCAAUACAGUCGCGACGCGGCAAGUCCAGACCCAACACACACCCGGCAUUACAAAGCUUUUUUUCAAGUGCCAAUAGAUUAACCAGAGUAUGCUUUGAGCUGAGUCAUCGAUAAAAACAAUAGGGAAUCGUGAGGAGAUUUGAAGCCAAAGUUUCCAGACGCUUGCCCUUCGAUUCGUCAGAGCAAAUCUUCUUUCAAUACAAAAGCUCCUCGAUUUUGCUGCUCAAAUGUGGGUUCUGAUUGAUAAAGGAGAUAUAUAUGUCACGCCAUUUGCUAUCUUAUUAAAAAGAUACAACGCUUCUUUAAAAUUGAAUUCCAAAAUUUUGUCCCGGGGGGUACUCCUUUAUAUAAGCCAUAGAGGUAUGUGCCCACCUCCCCCCCCCCCCAAACGAGACGGGUUUUUGCGCCGUUUUGGUCGGCCAAUGGGUAUACACUGACCAUUUUGGUCUGGAAUCGGGAAUGGUUUUCAAGGGAACUACGGAGUGUAUGAAUGUACCUAUCGUUUCAAUUCCAAAUGAGCUGAGAAAGAAAGAGAAAUUGGAUUUCACUUAUUGUUUUGUUUGCGCUCUAAUCUAAGUAACAGGAGCCGAUUAAUCGGCUCCUGGAGUAAUGAUAACAUAAUUUCUGCCUAAAGGCCAGGUCUGAAAACGGGUAUGGAUUUCAGAGGUCUGGUCUGACAACGGGUGUGGAAAAUUACAUUUUUUGGUCUGAAAUCUCGGUCAGGAUUUGAAGAACCGGGCGGCACACCAUUCUAUUCCAGCAAAAAUUACAAACGAAUAGUUGUGCUUAGGGUCUCUGAUGAAAUAUAGCACAAAAUUGAUCCCUAAAAUCCUCGUGAUAUAGGCUUUCAGAGAGACGAGGCCUAAUGCUUUAUGUCCUUACCAACCGUGCAUCGUCGAGCAUGUAAGUCCCCACCCCUCCCCACUUCAACAAAAGAGGUAGCGCUUUUCUCAGGGUCUCUUUAAGGUUGAACAGGUACAAUAGUGCAGUGAGGCCAAAACUCUAAAGAACAGGGUUGACAGAAAGUGAGUAGGGACAAGGAGCUGACCCGGGGGGCGCUCAAAGUAACUCUGGAUAGAGCUGUGCCGCCGAGUCCUUCAAACCCGACCCAGCGCGACAAAAAUUGCUCAUUUCGCUACCCUGUUAAAGACAGGAGACACUACUUUCUGACGCUCAUUUGUUUUGUUUUGCACAGAAUUAUUAAAGUAAUUUUUUACAUUAAAAUCAUGGAAGUGGACAUUUAUGAAAAUAUUAUUGUAAUUGCAAAUGUAGACCGCCCAUGUGACUUGGCUCUCAUAGAAUCCCGGGGGGGUACUGCCAUAUAUGGGCUAUAUAGGUAUGUGCCGCUGUGAGGGGUAUAGUUUUCAAGCAGUUUACUCUAGGAUAGGGUAUAUAAAUCAGAGCAUUUGGGUCUAGAAUAGGGUAUCAUUUUUCAGGAAACUGAUCAGUUGGUUGAAGAUUUUAUCUAGACUAGGGAAACAGCUAUUCUAGGAUAGGGGGAUUUUGGGGAGUUUACUCUAGUAUGGGGUAGCAAAAUUCAGCUGAACUAGCUCUGGUAUAGGUUAAGGGUUCCAGGGUCCCAGCGUCACAUCCCCACCCAGAAAUUCCUAAAGUACUCCCCCCCCCUCCCCGGGCGUAGAAUCCUAUUAUUUUGCAUUGUGAAAUCAGCUUUGGUGCGCUUUGAAACAUUGCUGGUUCCUUAUACCGGGUUGACAAUGAAAGUAGGGAUUGAGGAGUGCUAUCUCGUGAGGAGAUUUGCGUGACAAAACCUCUGCGUCGGAUCAUACCCUCCCUUUUAAUGGGUGAGACGUCCCUUUUUAUUUACGGUAUUUUCUAAAGAUGACUAAAACCCCGGGGCACUGCCCGGGGGGGUACCCCUGGGAAUUCUUGGUGGGAGUGUGCCGCCCGUUCCUUCAAAUCCUGGCCCUGUUUCAGACCAAAAAAUGUAAUUUUCCGCACCCGUUUUCAGGUCAGACCUCUAAAAUGCAUACCCGUUUUCAGACCUGGUCUUUAGGCAGAAAUUAUGUUAUUAUUACUUACAUAACAGCGCAAACAAAAAAAUUCUUCAAAUCCAUUUCGAAUUCGCAUAUUUCUCUUUCUUAUUGGAAUUGAAAUGAUAAACACGUUCACACACCCCCGUAGUUCCCUAAAAAAAAACGGAUUCCAGACCCAAAUAGGCAAAGUCGGGUCUGUACCCGUUUUCAGACCAAAACGGCGCAAAAAUCCUACCCGAUGGGGUGGCACACACCUUUAUAUAAGGGAGUACCCCCUCCCCCGGGAAUAAAGCAAAAAACUCUCCAUCUCGCUGUUUACCUCGUAGGGGCUACAAUCUCGGACAGAAUAAAAUGGAGCAGCAAUCCCCAAUCCUGCCUCCCCCCCACCCCCUCGCCCCCCAAAAGAAAUCAAGGCUUCUAAACGGGCCACAUUCCCAUCAUUGAUUUGGGGGGGAGAGAGGGCUUAAAUGUUCUACCUAUUCUGUCCAAUUUUUGUAGAAUUUUCGCUGGCUAUUCCGCAUAAAGUGCAGUAUAUUGCCUGUUUGUCUGAUUGUUGUUAUUGUUGCUAUUGUUGAGUCAUGAUGAUGCACAAUCACGAGUAUUUUAAAAACACGCCACUAUCCUCUUAAGACUCGUGACUGCUGGCAUCACAACAAAGUCUUGUGACCUUGUUACAAACGGUAUUUAUACCUGCCCCGUGGAAAGCCUAAUUACAUUCCAGGGUCUUACAGAAGAGAGCUUAUCUAAAGUAAGUGCACAGCACUAAGUCGAAGCCGCAAAAUGAAGAUAUGUUUAGUCUUCUUGUGCUGCUUAGCAGUAGCUAGUCCUUUCGUUCUCAACCUGAACGAAGAUGCGCAGUGGAAAGCCUGGAAGUCUCAUCACGGUAAAACGUACACGACCGAGAGCGAGGAAGCCGCAAGAAAAGCGAUCUGGAAAGACAACCUCAGGGUAAGGCGAUUAGUUAAGAUAUGUAGAAAUUACCAUUUUUCUAUUUGCGGUAAUACAUAGUAACUGAAUAAAUCUUUGACUCGGAGAUCCCUUAAUGCAGAAAAAUUGGGAUCACAACGGUCGGCUUGAAACAAAAGAUCUGCUUUAGAGAUUUUUAUAGCAUUUAAAAAUGCUUUUUUUGGUUAACCUUCCAAAUGCUCCCAUUGAUGAAGGUUACUUGAAAUUCAUCUCGCUUCUAAAUGCGCACAGCAUUUAAAGUUUUGCUUAGCUCGUCUAGAGAAUAAACCGCAUGACAAAAGUGCGUGACAGCUUGAGGGCUUAGGGGGUAGAAGGUGGUUAAAGUCUUUAGUUUCUCUUACUGAGAUUUAAAAUCCUUUUUGGCUCUCAGAAAAUCGCCGAGCACAACGCUGAAGGACACUCAUUCCGCUUGGCCAUGAAUCAGUUUGGAGAUCUGACUCUUGAUGAAUACCGCUUCUUUUACCUUGGUUUGCGCGGUCGCAUCCCCAGUGACACCAAGAAAAAUGGUGGCUCCACCUACUUGGAACCUAGUCACGUGACACUUCCUUCUGAAGUUGAUUGGAGAAAAGAGGGCUACGUCACAGGCGUUAAAAAUCAAGGUGUGGUCAUCUUUGUUAAGUGAACCACUAAAAUUCAAAGUUCUUAAAUAAGUUUAAAUAUUGAAUAGACCAUCUAAAAACAUUCCUUAACCGCUAAGCCAUUGCAUGCAGAAAACGAUUUCACUGAUCCUUUACCGUUCGCCUAAUCCAGGAAUAAAAAAAGCGAGCUCACUCGCCAUUUUGCGUCGCUUCCCACUUUCUACGCCUAGAACAGGCUACCCAUCCACGCGCAGUGUAGGGUGUUUUGCAUCCUCGGGAAAUCAUGGUUGGCGAUUUUCGCUGGCUCUGCUAUCCGUUUCUAUCUCUGUGUCAAAUGAGGGAGUACUCAUAGUCUGUACAAGUAGUGAUAAUUGAGAGAAAACUUUGUCACAUUUUCUCAACUUCUGCAGAUUGGUUUGGAUGUAGGACACCGAGUGAUGAUUGUCAGCAAAAGAGUUGAGUAAUCGUUUCAAACGCUUAUUUUCUAUCUUACAGGUCAGUGUGGCUCAUGCUGGGCGUUCAGUGCAACAGGAUCAUUGGAGGGACAACAUUUCAAGAAAACUGGUAACCUCGUCUCGCUCAGCGAACAGAAUCUCGUUGACUGCUCUGGAAGCUAUGGCAACGAUGGCUGCCAAGGAGGGCUUAUGGAUAAUGCGUUCAGGUACAUCAAAGCAAACGGAGGAAUCGACACUGAGGCAAGCUACCCGUAUCAAGCUGAGAACGAACCCUGCCGAUUUAAAGCCAGCGACGUGGGAGCCACAGACACUGGUAAGAUAUGAUGAGAAAGCUAAAUGAAAUAUGUAUAUGAAUAUUUAAGUCGAGCUGGUAGAAAAAGGCGCGCUAAUUAGCUCAGAGACACCUCGUGUGUGGGAGGGGACUAUCUAACAAUUGUCUGCUUAUUGUUCCUUUUUAUAUUUUGAUUGUUUUGACCUUCUGACAUCCCCCCCUCCACAAUUUUUCGAAAAAUCAUCCCAAACCUCUAAAAUAUUUUAAUCAAAAAUAAAACACAAACAGCCGUGAUAAACAUUACAAGUGAACUUUCGCAUCUUUAUACAAACUUGACCUUUCGUAUGCUAGUCAGCAUAUAUUUUCAAAAGUGAUCUACAGUAACCGUUACAGAUUAUGAUCAAGACGAGACUUUUUUUACAAAAUCUACAAGGGAUCUGGAAAUGAGAUUAAGCAUCAACUUUUCAUUGCUAAUGUUGACAUUAAAAGCUGGCUUAAUGUUUCUUUUAUCCUGCAAUGGUAAUCCGAUUUGCCAAACGCUAGAAUUUCAAAAUGAUCCUACUUAAUGUUAUGUCCGGUGGCAUUGACAUCAGCAAAAGCUGACGAGUGGUCAUUUUUAGUCAGGGGUUACGGCCUUGAGGUGUUUUAAAGUAUUUAAGGCGGCACCCGAAUGACUCUGACAGUACUGAGCCAUUUUUUUAUUGAAAGCAAUCUUGGGUGGAUUUGGAAGGAAAAGGCCAGAAAUAAACGGAAAACAAAGCUUUUAACCAGAAUCCCUCCUUUAUACGAGAAAGGGGAAGCACUGAGUUUUUCAAUUCCGCUCUUGAUAAGUUCAGUGUUUCAAUCGAGAAACUUUUCUGGCGGAACCAUUAUUUAAGUCCCGGGUGUUUUCAGGUGUGUUCCAAAAACCGAGCACAAUUAUUUUCGUCUCCCAAAAUUCUGCGGUUGAAAAACAAGUUGCAAGACAAAAGGAAAUAGAUAACAACCACGUAACCUUGAUAAGCUUGCAUCUUUACAGGAUACAUGGACAUUACCCCGCAUGGAAGCGAAGCAGCUCUUCAGUCAGCUAGUGCCACAGUAGGCCCAAUCUCAGUUGCAAUUGAUGCUGGUCACAUGUCAUUUCAGUUCUAUCACAGUGGAGUUUACAACGAACCGUAAGUGUCUUUUAUAAACAGCUGAUAAGAUACGGUUUCAGUUCUCUCAGAGUAAAAUAAGAUAAAUUUUAUAUCAGUCCCAUCGUACAUUCAGUACCAGUAUCCCAAUUUUCUCGAUGUUUUGCCGGCGAUUUCCGGAAACUGUUAAAGGUUGUUUGGGAACUAAGUUCAUCCGUUAGAUCUUACGUAUUUUUUCUGCUCUGCAUGUCCGAAGGUUGUUUGGAUCGAUGGAAAACGCAACUUAGAUUACGUCCAGGAAUAUCUUUCCUCUUGAUAGUCAGCGAUUACCUCGAGAGAAGGCGGGUCGUAUAAGAGCUCUUGAACCACGUCUCAGUUCAUAUAAAUUUCGGGGCUAUCACAAAGCGACUGCCGAAAAGGUAGUUUCAUUUGACAGGCAGGUACAAGUUUUGCGUUACAAGACUUACGACAUUAAUUAUCUUUGUUCUCGUUACAGAUCCUGCAGCAGCUCUCAGCUCGAUCAUGGCGUUCUUGUCGUUGGAUACGGAACCUAUAAUGGCCAGGACUACUGGCUGGUCAAAAAUUCCUGGGGAACAAGCUGGGGAAUGGAAGGCUACAUCAUGAUGUCGAGGAACAAGAAUAAUCAAUGUGGAAUUGCCACGGAAGCCAGCUAUCCUCUUGUCUAA